CCCUUGACUUCUUGGUGACUUGGCAGUGUGUGUCGCAGCUUACCUCCAUCCCUGCAAGAUGUCUUGCUACGACCUGUGCUCCACCUCUGCCUGCGGCGUCCUCCGCCCCCAGCCUCUCGCUGACAGCUGCAAUGAGCCGUGUGUCCGUCAGUGCCCGGACUCCACUGCCGUGAUCCAGCCACCCCCAGUCGUCGUCACCCUCCCUGGCCCCAUCCUCAGCUCCUUCCCCCAGAAUGCAGUUGUGGGAUCUGCUGGAGCUCCCGUCCUUGGAGCUUCUGGGGGCUUUGGGGGCUAUGGGGGUCUGUGGGGCUAUGGGGGCUAUGGCUAUGGGGGUCUCAAUGGCUAUGGGAGCUCCUCCCUGGGUUACAGGGGCCUCUAUGGCUAUGGUAGACCCUACGGUGCUGGUUAUUGCAGCCCUUACUCCUCCUGGUCCAGCAGGUACAGCCGUGGCACCUGUGGACCCUACUAAACCCUGCAAAAAUAUUCCCUUGAUUAGGGAAUAGCGGGCAACCGAGAGAUACAAUCUCAAAGGUCUACAGCAGUGAUCCCAAAGAAAGUGUUGAGAAUUCCUCACCAUUGCUGUGGAGCUGGGAACACACAACACUUCCUUAAUUUCUCCACCUCCUACUCAUGGUCUUUGGGGCUUUUUUUCCAGCAGUAUAUGUAAUGGGUGUGAUAAACCAAUUUAUGUUAUAAGAUGGCACUUCACUGUCAAAGCACAAUUAUGGAACUGCCUCCACUCUGAUCACUUUUUGAUAUUCUACAAUGCUUGCCUGUGAAUGUCUACUUCUCAUUAAAAUGAUUCUA